AUGUCCGACCCCAUUAUUAGGAUCACCUUUGACCAAUCCAAGCAUGACCAAAUGGAAUCACCGCAUCCAUUCGUACUAAUCUUGUAUACAUCAUUACCAUUCCACCAAUCAGCAGCAUGGCGUAUGCUGAUGACUUCGUUGGUAUUCCUUCGUACACCCACCGAAUGGCAAUAUUCGGUUACAAAAUAUCUUACGACAUACAAAUUGGCGUCCAAUGGCAAAGUUAACUCUCAACAAGACCGUGGUUUUCCCCACUGGUAUGAACUCUAA